GAGGAACGAUCCAGACGUCGCUGCGUAUGCAGAACAAAAGCUAAAUGAGUUGUACGCCAACAACAUGGAGUUUUGAGCGCCUUUCUCCACAUUCCAAACGGCACCGUCUCGUGGCAUUGACUGGUGCAUGCCGCAACCUCCGUCGAGCGGUCAGCAUUCGGGAGGGGGUGGAGGAGGAGACGAAGGAGACGGCGGAGGUGGCGGAGGAGACGGCUCACAGUUUGCCGGAAACGGGACGGGCGAGACAUCGUCGGUAGAGAAGGCGUCCGGCGGAAAGGGGUCAGGCGAAAAGGACUCGGGCGGAAAGGGGUCGGGCGGGAAGGGGUCGGGCGGGAAGAGGUCGGCCGGAAAGCGUAGAACGUCCGGGAGUCCCCAAUAUAUGGAAACAGACCCUCACUGCGUUGGGAGUCAAGAUUCCGACAUGCGAGACGAGGCCACCCUGAUGUCUGAUCAAGUGCGAGUAGAUUCCCACUUGUCUGCGAGGACUUUGUUUCCCGUUCUCGAGGAGAGUCCAUCCCGCCGUGUGCAGCAGAGGUCUCCUGUGCUCAACACCUUGCUCCUGAAAGAGGGCGCGUCUUUGUUUUGCCUGGAGGGCGGGAUGCCUGCAUUGCGAAGGAGCGAAGGUGUGACCUUCAAUUCCCUCGGCUCGGACGACCGCCACAAACUCCGAAUACAUUCGGAAUUGCUGACGUCGCCCUCCGCCAUAAGUUCUCCUCACGCAACGGUUCCGCGGGGCCAAGAAAAUGUCACGUCCUGCCCCCCGCAUCUUCAGUUGGAUACAGGGUUGCCCUGCUCGCCUCCGUUCUCAUGUGUUGAGACUCGACACUGGCGGUCUCGCGACGUGCUGGAGGGGCCCGCUGCAGGAGUGUUGGAGACCGGGGGUAGCGAGCACGAACGUCACACUCCUGGGGAGCGCUCUCCAGGAACGCGUGCUGUUCAUCGGGAAGAGGAGACUCAACGCUGGCAGUCUCGCAAAGUGUUGGAGACCGGGGGUAGCGAGUGUGAACGUCAUGCUUCGGAGGGUGCGUCCCGGGGAGAGGAGACUCGACACGGGCAUGCUCGUGAGGACGUGAAGUGGCUCCACGCACGGGCGCUGGUGAUCGGGACGUCCGAAGAGGUUCUGCACAGUCGUUCGGCUGUGGCCACGACGCGAGAGGGUGUCGCUAAGGGAGGUAAGUGGACGUCCGUGCAAGCUCCCGUUCUUGGUGGCGAUGAAGACGAAGAAGAACCCGCGAUGGAAGCUCGGGUUAAUGGCGAUGAGAAAGGCGGAGAACCCGUGAUGGAAGGCGGUGAGGUGACUGUCGACAUCCAGACAGAUCCACAGCGGAAAGAUGGUGAUUGUUCGCCCACCCGUUGCGGUGAAGAACAGGGUGGUCGACCGUCUGUCCUAAGCACCGCUCGGGGAAUGGUGCUUCAUGAAGCCAUAGAGUUGGCUGACGAGUCGGCAGCCAUCGAGCUGGUUAGCGACUCAGGCGUGGCCGAGAUGCAGAACGCCGAAUCCUCCGUGGAAGGCGGUGAGGUGGCCGUCAGCAUCCAGAUAGAUCCAGAGCGGAAAGAUCAUGAUUCUCCGUCCACCCGUUGCGGUGCCGAACAGGGUGAUUGAGCAUCUGUCUUGAGUACCGGUCGGGAAAUGGUGCUUCAUGAAGCCAUCGACUUGCCAAGCGACUCA